AUCCCUGAGAAUGUAACAAAUUCAAAAUUCUCUCUCUUCUCAGAAACUUCAUCAAAAUUCUGGUUGUUGACUUGGGUGCCUAAUUCUUCAGUCUAUAUCUUAUUACCUUGCUUUUGAUUCCGUAACAACUGAUAGGAGACUUCAGAAUGCGUAGGCAUCACGCUGUUCUGAAUUGCACAGUGGAUUUUAGUCCCAUAUAACCCUUUUUGGUUUCUUUGCUUCCAAAUUUACGGGGCUAAUUCAGUUCUCAACAAACAUGUUCACGAAAAAUCAGUUCUUCUUCUUCUUCUUCCUCCUCUUCCUAAAGUUGUCGGCCUCAAGCGACGACGAUUUCAUCUUCAACGGAUUCAGUGGAGCUAAUCUAAACCGAGAGGGAGUUGCGUCGAUCACUUCCGAUGGCCUUCUUCAAUUGACCAACAGAACACAAAACAAGAAGGGAUACGGUUUUUAUCCAAGCCCUCUACAAUUCAAGUCUUCAUCAGGUAAGGUCCUCUCUUUUUCGUCUACAUUUGUGUUCGGUAUCCUCCCUGAGGUCCCGUAUCUCGGUGGCAAUGGCAUCGUCUUCGUUAUAUCGAAAACCACUGACUUCUCUGACGCUACCGCAAGCCAAUUCUUCGGCCUUUUCAAUGAUAGAAACAAUGGGAAUGCUACUAAUCAUGUAUUUGGUGUUGAGCUUGAUACUGUUUUGAAUCCUGAGUUUCAAGAUAUCAAUAACAAUCAUGUUGGUAUCGAUAUCAAUAGCUUGGAUUCUUACAAUUCGACUUCUGCGGGUUACUAUGAUGAUAGCUCUGGUUCGUUUCAGAACUUGACUCUCAUCAGUAAUAAAGAAAUGCAAGUGUGGGUCGAUUUUGAUGGCGAAAAGAAUGAACUCAAUGUUACUUUAUCUCCAAUAGGCAUGACUAAGCCAAAGAAGCCUCUUUUAUCCUCUAUUGUUGAUCUUUCGAGCUUGAUGCUCGAUGAAAUGUAUGUUGGUUUCUCUUCAACCAAUGGUGGUUUUCAUACUUCCCAUUAUGUUCUCGGUUGGAGCUUCAAGAUGAACGGAGAAGCUCGAGCGCUCGAUUACACAAAGCUCCCCAAGCUCCCUGUUAUUAGUACCAAAGGCAUUUCAAAAGCUUUUGCUAUAUGGCUGCCUAUCUCUGUGGUCUUGUUCAUACUACUGAUUAUUUCAGCAAUUGUUAUGAUACGAAGGCGACGAAAAUUCGCUGAAUUGCUCGAAGAUUGGGAGCUCCAAUACGGCCCUCAUCGAUUCUCAUACAAAGAUCUGUACAAAUCAACAAAAGGGUUCAAAGAAAAAGAGCUAUUAGGCGCAGGAGGUUUCGGUAAAGUCUACAAGGGGGUCUUGCCUAACUCCAAACUCGAAGUUGCGGUCAAGAAGGUAUCUCAUGAAUCGAGGCAAGGAAUGAAACAAUUCGUCGCCGAAAUCGUGAGUAUCGGUCAACUCCGACACCGAAACCUCGUUCAACUUCUAGGCUACUGUCGACGCAGAGGCGAGCUCCUCUUAGUCUACGAUUUCAUGCCCAACGGUAGCCUCGAUAAAUUCUUAUACGAUGGAGCUCAGCCUACUCUUAAUUGGGCUCAAAGAUUUCGAAUCAUCAAAGGAGUAGCCUCAGGACUCUUGUAUCUACACGAAGAUUGGGAACAAGUUGUAGUUCACAGAGACAUCAAAGCAAGCAAUGUACUACUAGACAGUGAGCUCAAUGGUCGACUCGGAGACUUCGGCCUUGCGAGAUUAUACGACCAUGGGACCGAUCCUCAAACGACACAUAUCGUCGGAACAAUGGGAUACCUCGCACCGGAGCUUUCAAGAACAGGCAAGGCGACAACCGCGACCGACGUGUUUGCAUUCGGUGCGUUUCUACUCGAAGUCGUGUGUGGUCGCAGACCGGUGGAGCUGAACCUCGACCUAGAGGAGCAGUUGUUGAUCGGCUGGGUGCUAAUGAGUUGGCAAAGGGGGCAUAUUCUUGAGACAAGGGACGUUAGUCUUGGGGACGAGUACUGUGAUUACGAGGUUGAGUUGGUUGAGUUGGUGCUGAAACUUGGGUUGUUGUGUUCGAACCCGAUGGCGGCGGCAAGGCCGAGCAUGAGGCAGGUUGUGCAGUAUUUGGAGGGGGAUUUGGCGUUGCCGGAGUUGCCGGCGGGUUAUGUCAGUUGUGCUACGCCGUCGCCGAGUGAAGGGUUUGAUAAGUCUUUUUGUUCGUCCGUGUCGAGUCUUUCUUCGUUGUCGGGAGGACGGUGAAAGUUUUUGUAGGCGGAGAUGGGAGCUCUCCCGCUUAGUAUUGUAAUUAGCAGCACGCUCAAGUGCAGAUUGUGAUAUAGAAUGUUUGAAUCCUGUAGGUAAGAGUAAUUCGAGUGCCGUGUGUAAAAUUAAUGCUUGAUUUGCUUCAAGUAAGGCGUUUCUGAAGUUGGACUUCUUAUAAGAACGCGACUGAAGCAAUUUGAAUCCUCCUUUAGUCAUCUUGGCAUGAAGAGAGCGCUUUUUGAUUCACAGUUUCUGUAAAUAUUUAGUAAUUUGCAAUUUAUUUCUAAUCUACCUGUUUUUGGUUGA